UCGCUAUCAGCGCGGUCAUACUGGUAACGUAUUGGUUACCAUCGUAAAAUAUUUGGCAAUUUCCGACUACUUGCUGGCAUCCAAAUAACUGCAGAAUGUUUGAGCAGCUGGCCUGAGAGCUAGUGCCGGCUGCCCGAGCCCAAUACCCCCGGAAACCCACUCCGUUGGACUUCCAGCAUAGAACACUCUGAAGCUCCAAACAUACCGCACGCACAUCUGGCAACCGACUGUAAACAAACUCGGGAUAUGUUUCAGAGCCGCGCCGGUUGUUGAACUCUUGACACUUGACUGGGAAUAGAUUCGCUGAAUCUUUCGAUUCCGCAGCACUGGGCAUUCAAUCCGAGAAAGCAAACGAAACGCGCCACAUGUACACCUAUAAAAUGGGUCGGGUUCCAGAGCUGGUUAUAUGCUCUUUCAUCGUGGUCAGCCUGCUGGUCAUACACUUCUUCUCGGAUCUGCUGAGAGCCUCCCUAGGAGGCUACUACAACCAGGAUGUUACCCUUUCCCAGCUGGUGGAGUCGCAGAGCUCGGACUACGCUUGGUUCCUUAAGUUGCUGGUCAAUUGCUUUGGCUAUAGCUGCGUCUUUGUGCCGGGGUACUUAAUCUACAAAUAUGUCGGCAGGAUUAACUACCUGGAAAGGGGCAACAAGACAUUUCUGCACAGAGCUAUCAAUAUGUGUAUAACAGGUAACUCUGGAUACGAUCAAUUGGAUGCAGGGAGCAGCGCCGCGGAUAAGGAACGUCAGGCGGCCUCUACGGCAGCUAAGCGAACGAGUUCCCAGGAGGCCGUGCAACUGUUAUGGUGCUUUGGUGGCCUGAUGAUCUCCUAUCUUACCUGGGGUGUGUUACAGGAGAAGAUAAUGACACAAAACUAUUUCAAUUUUACUGGAGAAAGUGCCAAGUUUAGGGAUUCUCAGUUCCUAGUGUUUUCCAAUCGUCUGCUGGCUUUUCUCGUGGCGCUGGCCUAUCUACAAUGGCAGCCCUCACCUGUGCGACACCGUGCACCUCUGUACAAAUACUCCUAUGCCUCCUUCUCGAACAUAAUGAGCGCAUGGUUUCAGUACGAGGCCCUUAAGUUUGUCAACUUUCCCACCCAGGUGCUUGCCAAGUCGUGCAAGAUUAUACCCGUGAUGCUGAUGGGCAAACUUAUGUCCAAAGCGAAGUACGAGAGUUACGAGUAUGUGACGGCCCUGCUUAUAUCGCUGGGCAUGAUCUUCUUUAUGAGCGGCUCCUCGGACAGCAGCAAGGCCAGCGGAGUGACCACGCUCACGGGCAUCUUCCUGCUCUCCAUGUACAUGGUCUUCGACAGUUUUACUGCCAAUUGGCAGGGAUCGCUUUUCAAGAGCUACGCCAUGACUCCGUUGCAAAUGAUGUGCGGCGUCAACUUGUUUUCCUCCAUCUUCACUGGAGCCUCGCUGUCCAUGCAGGGAGGAUUCAUGGACUCCUUGGCAUUUGCCACAGAGCAUCCUAAGUUCGUAUUUGAUAUGGUUGUGCUUUCUGUUUGCUCAGCGGUCGGCCAAUUGUUUAUCUAUCACACAAUUGAUGUCUUCGGCCCAGUUGUGUUUACCAUAAUAAUGACACUGCGUCAGGCGGUGGCCAUCAUGCUCUCCUGCUUCAUCUACCAGCACAGCAUUUCGCUGUUGGGCAUCUUCGGGGUUCUGAUCGUCUUCGUGGCCAUCUUCCUAAGGGUCUACUGCACCCAGCGAUUGAGGGCGAUUCGGAAACGGGCCGAGGGUAACAAACCCAAAAUGGCUGUCUAACUAGGGACGUGGAAUCCCCUCGAAUACAACGCACAGACUUCCAGGCUCAGCCUUUUUAUUGUGCUCAUGGUAGCCCAUGGAAGAUCCAACUUCCAAAGCCCAAACAGAGGCUGCUCGGACUCUCCAAAAAUUGUAUAGUUUUGUUUUCAUAGUUCUAAGUUGAAUGUAUACUUGUAUCUUAAUCGUAAGCGUAGACGUCUAACGAGUGAUUCGUGUGCUAAGGUAAACAUUUUUAUGUGUUCUGCAAUAAUUACAGUUUUCAAAAGAA